AUGACGGAUCGGGAAGUUGCUCAUGAAGCGCUAUUGGCUAGACAUAGACAAGAGAACAAGGAACUCAUUGCCAAAACCACUGCUUUAAAAAAGACAAUUGCCAAAGGAGCAUCAGGAAAGGCACAGAAGAAACAGGUUCAGGAUCAAAUUGCUCAAUUGCAGAAUGAACAGGCUGAGCGUCAUUCUCAAGAAAUUGCUGCCGAUACCGCCAUUUUAGAUGGUGAUAUUCAAUGUGAAUCUGAAAAGGUAAAUGUUGCCUUGAUCAAAGACGCCAUGGAUGACAUCACUCUUGAUUCAAAAGAUGAAUCUGUUGCAAAGUUUAAAAAAGGCAGACAAGCCAAAAGAAAGGCAAGUAGUUAUCGUAUCCCAUAA